AUGGCGGAAAGCCUUUCUGUAUUAUGCAAUGAACUUAAAACUAUACGCACUUACCUGUGUAAAAUUGGCCCUGACCGUAGACAAGGUGAAAUACUUACUAUAAAGUUAGAGGAGGCUAAUCUUAUUGUGGAUAAAUAUAAAAAAUUAAAUAACGAAGUGUCAGAACUCUUAAAAAAAGGGUUAUUGCCAAAUGAGGAGGUAACUUUAUUUAAUAAAUUGUGCACGACUUUUAAUACACUUCAUAAGGAAAUUUUGAAUUAUUGUCAGGGAAGUAAAGACACAAGUGACACAAUGGGGGAGUCAUUCGAAUUAAAAACGGCCUUGAACUUGUUGCAUGUAAUGACCGAUGAAGAAACUAAUACAAAACAGCUCAUCGACGGCAUUGAGUAUUACAGCACUAUUUUAAAGAGUGACGACCAAAAUAAACUUAUACAGUUCGUUUUGAAAAGCAGGCUAUCGCAGUCGGCCAAGUUAAAAUUAAAAUCCGAUUAUGAUACAUCAAUCGAAUUGAUUCAGGACAUGAGGAAAGUUUUACUACCAAAAAAAUCUGCGACUGCUAUUCAGAGCAAGCUGCACACUAUUAAGCAGAAUAAUCGAAGUGUAAAAGAUUUUGGGUCCGAAAUUGCAGAGUUAUUUGUAGAUUUGACUAUUUCACAGGCCGAUGGUAAUUCUGACAGUUUCAAGGUUCUUAAGCCCUUGAACGAAAAAUUGGCGAUCAAAAAGUUCGCCGACGGUUUACGAAACCGCCGAUUAAGUACUGUUAUUGCAGCAAGGAAUUUUGAGUCGCUAAAGGAUGCGAUACAGGCAGCUCAAGAGGAGGAUGACGUCACCGCCGGCUCGACUUCAGGUGAAAUUCUAGGUAUGUCGCCACAAUUUUUAACACGUGGACAACCAUCUAAGGGGCCGUACCCCGGACAGUGGGAGUUUUAUAAUAGUAGUCGAGGACCAAGUCAACAAUUCUACCCCCGAGGCGGCCGCGGCGCACAGUACAGUUACGGUCACCGCGGCGGCGGGGCUGCCACCUAUCGUAGCAGCAACCGAGGCAACUCCAGGGGCAUGCGAGGGCGACAGUCAGGUAAUUAUUCCAACAGGAAUAGUAGUCAGUGGAACCGUCCGAGCAUGAAAAUGAUGACUCAAACUGAUACAGUUCCCCCGGUAAACUCAAACGACGAAAAUGACGUGAAUACGUUUUUUCGUGACUAAAAUACUGUCAAUAUUAACAUGCGAUAGCACUUUGGUAGCUAUAUUUAAAGUUCAAGAUUGCGAUAGCCACUUUCUUAUUGACAGUGGAGCGGCAAUUUGCGCAAUAAAAUUAAAAUAUCUCAACCUGUUAAAUAUCCCAUACCAUAAAGAGAAGUCCACUGUAAAUGGCAUAGGAGGUAGCGUCGACGUAUUAGGGUACGUCUAUUUAGACCUAGUUGCGAACGGUGAAUCAUAUCGUCAUAAGAUCUACGUUUUCGACUCACUGCCGUGUUUGGCUAAUGGGAUCAUAGGCAAUGACUUUUUAUUUAGGUAUAGAGGAGUCAUAGAUUACGACACGAGUUCAUUGGCAUUAAAUACAAAUGGAGGGUAUAAAAUAUACUUACCCUUACUUAAUAUUUCUGAUACAGAUCUGUCUUACAUUAUUCCGGCCAGGUCGGAAUCUAUUCAUUACAUAAAAACAGAAAUGACUGAUGAAUGUGUUGUGUGCACGGAAGAACUUUGUAGUGGAGUGUUUAUCGCUAAUACAAUUGUUAAACCAGUCAAUGGAACAAUACCAAUUAAGAUUUUAAAUACGACGGAACAACAAGUUGAUUUGAAAAAUAUAACACCACAAGUAGAAAGGUUACAGAAUUAUGACUUAUGUACGUUUAGCCCCAUGCGAGGGGAUGCGAAUAGGGUAAAGGAAUUAUUUUCUCUACUAAAUUUGAAUCAUUUGAAUCCGGAUGAAAAAACCUCCAUAGAAUGUAUGUGUGCAAAAUUUUCCGAUGUUUUCCAUCUGCCGAAUGAUAAGUUAACUACCACUAAUAUAUACAAGCAAAAAAUACAUUUAAAGCCAAAUACAUCUCCAGUUUUCAAAAAACCCUAUAGAAUACCACAUUCUCAAAAACAAGAAUUAAAUAAACAAAUAAAAAAGUUAUUAGACGAUGGAAUUAUUGAACCUACUCAAAGCGAGUGGUCAAGCCCAGUGUUACUGGUACCAAAAAAAAGUUUAGGAGGAGAAAAGAAAAAAUGGAGGUUAGUUAUAGACUAUAGGCAACUUAACAACCAAAUUCAAGAUGAUAAAUUUCCUUUGCCAAAUAUUACCGAAAUCCUAGAUUCGUUGUCUGGAUCCAUUUACUUCUCUCACCUUGACCUAUUCUCAGGCUACUAUCAAGU